GGAAAUUACCAAUUUAUUAAUUUGCAGAGGACGCAGAGUAAUGAGGUUCGACGAGGGUUGAUGAAAUAUUUAAAACACAACCAUUUAAAUUAAAACGUAUUUAGUAUACAUAUAUGUGAUUUAAUCAAAUUUAAAAUCUUUUGUACUGCCAGAAAAUAUCAGAGCUAUAUAGAAAUAUUUAUGAAAUAGAACAAGUUUCUGGAAUAUCCCACUGAAGAGGCCAUAAGAUGGAUAUUGACUACUGUUUAUAUAUAAUAAUUCUUUACUGAAAUGGAAAUAACCGUUAGAAUUACUUACGAGGAAAAUAUUAUGACAAAUCAGUAUUACGUACAUAAGUAAAACUUUUCAGUUGCUAUUUACGUCAUCGUUGAGUAUAUAAGUAACGUUUGAAGAAUUGAUUUUAAGUGUUCGUUAGAUCGCCCAUUGUCAUAUAUGUCUUGGUAACGAAAAAGAAACUGUACUGUACAACAUGUCUGACUGGGAAUGUUCGUCGUGUACUUUGUUGAAUAAAGCAGCAGUCGAUAUAUGUCCUACGUGUAACUUCAGAAAUCCUAAUGCAGUAUUAACUUACCCUGAUAAUUAUGGCAUGGACCAAAAUGGCGCUACCUCCGAACUCAAAUAUCCAGGAUCGGAGAAAUCUGAAUUGAAACACCAAGGAUCAAAUCCGACGGCAGAUAAAGAUUGGACUUGCAGUGACUGUACAUUUCAUAACUCUGUAUCAACAACAUGUGAAAUGUGUGAGAUCUCAAAAUCAGAGUCAAUUCGGAAAUCCCAGACACCUGUGCAGAAACCAUCAAAACCUCCAGUCCAAAACAUGUCAACUGGUAAUACCACAGGAAGUCGAUCUCAGAGUCGGAAUGACAUAGAAACGGAUUGUGCUGAAGAUGGCGGGGAAGUACGGAUGGUGCUAGUUGGUCGCACCGGUAGCGGAAAGAGUGCCACUGGAAAUACAAUUCUAGGGGAAAACAAGUUUAAGGCAAUGGUUUCUGGAUCAUCAGUGACUGUCAAUUGUAGCCGGGGAGAAUGUUAUCGCGGAAAUAGACUUCUUUUAGUCGCUGACACACCAGGGUUAUUUGAUACAAACCAUUUAAACUUUGAAGUCACGCGCGAGAUUAGCAAAUGCGUUGGCAUGACUUCACCUGGUCCACACGCGGUUCUUCUUGUUAUCGCUAUUGGACGAUAUACUAAAGAGGAACAGGAGACCGUCGAACAUUUUAUACAACAUUUUGGACAUGACGUCAUCAGAUAUAUGAUGAUAGUCUUUACCCGUGAAGAUAAUUUAAAACAAGAACAGAAGACCAUUGAAGAGUUUCUUGAAAAUGCUCCAUCUGAACUUAAAGAGAUUGUACGAAAAUGUGAGAACAGGUACAUUUGUGUUGACAAUAUUGCAAGCGAAUCUGAAAAGAAGAGAAAAGUUGAUGAACUUAUAACAAAAAUCGACGACAUGGUGGAUAAAAAUGGCGGUGUAUGUUAUACUAAUGAGAUGUAUGCUGCUGCAGAGGAUGUAUUAGCAAGACGCAUGGAUCAAAUUAGGGCAGAAUUUGAGCAAGACCAAGAACGCGAGAGACGUAAACUUCAUAACCAAAUAUCUUCAGAAUUUGAACAGGACAUUCGUGCUCUGACAAAUGAAAGAUCUAAACUAGAAGAUAGAAUGGCAAGGAUGCAUUGGGAAAAAGAUUACUCCGAGAAGGAAAAACAGACUUUACAGAUGGAAAUGGUACGAAUUCAACAACAAAAGGAGAUCAGCCAAGGAGAGAUGGACGAGGGAGAGAACCGACAAUUAUCUGAAAGAAUCGCAGCACUGCGCAGGCGUGAAGUUCUCCUUAACCAGCAGCUGCAACAAAAAGAACGUCAACGACUAUUGAUGCUUUCCGAUUUAGAAAAAGCAAAUCAUGGAAUCAAACAAAAACGAAAGGAAAGAGGAAGAGGAUCCUCCAUGGGAUCUUAUCGAAGAGAAUACAUUGAUGAAAAAACUGUCCGACAAAAGGCACGCGAUGACGUCGAAAACAAAUCCUCAAACAUUUUUACCGAACUUUUGGAAUCACUAAAGAACGUUGGAAAAACAUUUCUUAGUCAAGCCAUCAAAUUUUUCAACAAUUUGUUUUGAAGUCGUAUUUUCUUUAUGGUGUUUGGAUUUUUUCGCCAUAUUUUUGUACAAUUUUAUUCUAUUACGUGUACGUAAACACAAAUUAAUGACUGUGUGUUUCUGCAAAACUGCGUUAUGUAUAUAUGUAAAAGAAAGAAAUAUUACCAUGCAUAGAUCUUGAAAUAUAUGCAACUCUUCUAACAGUGAAGUAACUUUAUGCGACUAUAUCAUAACAAUUGCAAAGAAGACUCAAGGAUGCAUUGCCUAAAACAUGUAUAAAGAAACCCGAUACAACCUAGUUUAGGUAUAUUUACAAAUAUCGGCCAGUAUGCUUACACUGUUGACACACCUGGUGUUUUCUGAUUGGAUUUCAUGUCCUAUCGACUCUUUGCAUGUCCUCUUUGUCUGUUUUUGUACAAGUACGUACAUUGUAGAAGUAAUUUUUGUAAUAUUACUCCCUUCAAACUAUUUAUAAUUUAUGUUUACAUUUGUAUUGGCAUAGCCUCUUUUGGAAACGUAAGAUAUAUUUUGUAAAAAUUAAAGUUCCGUUGGUGUUUAAUAAGCCAGCAUUGUUUGUCUUUUUUUUUGCCGUUAUGUUUGCUGUCCUUCUUAUUGCGAUUUUCAUUUCCCCUCAAUAUUUUCUUAUUUCAUUGAAAUUCCUACCUAUAUGAUUGCGUGUUAGCCUAUUGUAAUAAUAUCAUGUAAAAUAAAUGUUAGCGUUUGGAAAA